UAUAAAAUUAGUACAAUACGCAAAUUUAGGAAACAUUAUCUAUAAAAUUAGUACAAUACUCAAAUUUAGGAAACAUUAAUCCUAUACUAGCAAUAGCUUUUCGACUUUUCUUAGGUUGCAAGUUAGUAAAACCUAAACCGACUAGGACAUCUAUUUUCUACCCUUAAAUCUUAUAAAUUCAUACUUUCUUCUCUUUAUUUCAUUACAACACAACCCAAAAAAGAAAAAAUACGUAGUAGCAAGAAAAUUAUGGCUAGCAUGAAACUAAUGUUCUUUGUUGUUCUCGCUCUUUGCUCUUCCUUUCCUCUCCCUCUCUAUGCACUGCCUCAAGAAAUACCGAAAGUAGAUGCGAUCUAUCAAUUUGGUGAUUCGAUAUCGGACACCGGUAACUUGAUACGUGAAUCCCCCAUCGGAGAACAUACACCCUUUGCAAGACUACCUUAUGGACAAACUUUCUUCCAUAAGCCUACUGGCCGUUGCUCCAAUGGUCUUCUCAUGAUCGAUUUUUUUGCAAGGUACUUUAAGUUGCCCUUCCUUGAUGCAUACCUUAACAAAGAUGGCAACUUCGCUCAUGGUGUGAACUUUGCUGUUGCGGGAUCGACGGCUCUUGACACUUCAACCUUAGCUGCUAAAAACAUUACAUCGCCGGUUACCAACAGUUCAUUAUCCGUUCAAAUGGGCUGGUUUAAGUCUCACCUUCAUUCACUUUGCCCUAAUCCAAAAGAUUGUAAGGCCAAACUCGCGAAUGCAUUGUUUAUCAUUGAAACCGGAGGCAACGAUUUUAACUAUACAUUUUUUGGACGUAAAACAAUGGAAGAAGUGCAACAAAUGGUGGAUGAAGUACUUCAAGCCAUUACUAAUGCCGUGAAGGAAGUGAUAGGUUUGGGUGCUACCAAAGUUGUAGUUCCCGGUAACUUUGCGAUCGGAUGCAUGCCUAUUUAUCUAAGCAAUUUCAAGACGAAUGACUCAAAUAUGUACGAUGAUCUCCAUUGUUUAAAGGGUUUGAAUGGAUUCGCAAUGUUUCAAAACGAUCGAUUAAAAGUAGCUAUUAAGGAGCUUCAAACACAACAUCCGAACGUUGCAAUUGUGUAUGCUGAUUAUUUCAACGCAUUGAAGGGACUCCUACAAAAUGCUACUUCAAAUGGGCUUGAGAAGGACGAAGUACAAAAGACUUGUUGUGGAAUAGGUGACAAUGAAUACAAUUUUAACAUCACUCGAAUGUGUGGAAAUAACGGAGUUCCAGUAUGUCGAGAUCCAUCUAAGCUAAUUAGUUGGGAUGGAGUUCAUAUGACUCAACAUGCCUACAGAGUCAUGGCCAAGGGACUAAUCAAGCAAAUUGUUCAAGGCAUCGCUAAUUAA